CUCGCCGACUGGAUCGUCUCCUCCCUGGGCUCAGACUCCCUCCACCCUCGUUUUGUCGCUUUCCUGCCGCCCGCCGCGGCAGUCGGCCAUCCGCUGCUGUAACAUGAUGCCGAGACAGUAAAAUUAUUCUUAUUAUUAUUUUUAAAAAAAAACAGUCAACACACAAAAACUGGACAUGGAGUCCAUGAAGACAGGGGUCAAGGAAUUUGCGGGGAAGACCCUGAGUCAGAUGUACAGGGUGAUAGAAAGGAGGCAGAAGACCGGGGAGGUGAUCGAGCUGACGGAGGACGGGCGGCCUCGGGAGGCCGCGGAGAAAAAACCCCCGCUGUGCGACUGCACGUGCUUCGGCUUGCCGCGCCGCUACAUCAUCGCCAUCAUGAGCGGCUUGGGCUUCUGCAUCUCCUUCGGCAUCCGAUGCAACCUGGGCGUGGCCAUCGUGAGCAUGGUCAAUAACAGCACCGUCCACCAGAACGGCAAGAUCAUCAUCAAGGAGAAAGCUAAGUUCAACUGGGACCCGGAGACAGUGGGAAUGAUCCACGGGUCUUUUUUCUGGGGCUACAUCGUGACGCAAAUCCCGGGAGGAUACAUUUCCUCGAGGCUGGCAGCAAAUAGGGUAUUUGGUGCAGCUAUUGUCCUCACCUCCAUUCUCAACAUGUUCAUCCCCUCUGCUGCUCGAGUCCACUAUGGGUGUGUAAUUUUUGUCAGAAUAUUGCAAGGACUCGUUGAGGGAGUGACUUACCCAGCCUGUCAUGGCAUUUGGAGCAAGUGGGCUCCACCACUAGAAAGGAGUCGUCUGGCUACCCUCUCAUUUUGUGGCUCUUAUGCUGGUGCUGUGAUAGCGAUGCCUCUGGCUGGAAUCCUGGUCCAGUACACUGGAUGGUCCUCAGUGUUUUAUGUCUAUGGAUGCUUCGGCAUCUUCUGGUACAUGUUCUGGAUCCUCGUGUCUUACGAGAGCCCUGCUGACCACCCUUCCAUCACUGAUGAAGAGCGUGUCUACAUAGAAGAGAGCAUUGGAGAGAGUGCCAAGCUGAUGGGUCCAUCAGAGAAAUUCAAGACCCCUUGGAGGAAGUUCUUCACCUCUAUGCCUGUCUAUGCAAUCAUUGUGGCAAACUUCUGCAGGAGCUGGACCUUCUACCUGCUGCUCAUCAGUCAGCCUGCAUACUUUGAGGAAGUGUUCGGCUUUGAGAUAAGCAAGGUGGGCAUACUCUCUGCCCUUCCUCACUUGGUGAUGACCAUCAUCGUGCCCAUUGGCGGUCAGCUGGCCGACUACCUGCGCAGCAGGAACAUCUUGACAACAACCACUGUCAGGAAAAUAAUGAACUGUGGAGGAUUUGGCAUGGAGGCCACGUUGCUGCUGGUGGUGGGGUAUUCCCACAGCAAAGGGGUGGCAAUUUCCUUCCUUGUGCUGGCAGUGGGCUUUAGUGGAUUUGCCAUAUCAGGCUUUAAUGUGAACCAUCUGGACAUCGCUCCUCGUUAUGCCAGUAUCCUGAUGGGCAUCUCUAAUGGUGUUGGUACCUUGUCUGGGAUGGUGUGUCCUCUAAUUGUUGGUGCUAUGACAAAGAACAAGACUCGAGAAGAGUGGCAGUACGUUUUCCUGAUAGCCUCCCUGGUGCACUAUGGAGGAGUGGUCUUCUACGGGCUCUUUGCCUCUGGAGAAAAACAGCCAUGGGCCGACCCGGAACUCACUAGUGAGGAAAAAUGUGGCUUCAUUGAUGAAGAUGAGCUGGCGGAGGAGACUGGUGACAUCACCCAGAGUUACGGAGCUUUUGGGGGUGCAGCCAAAACGUACGGAGCGACCACACAGGUGAAUGGAGGCUGGGCAACCGGCUGGGAGAAGACGGAGGAGUACGUUCAAGAGGAAGCACAGGAAGGAGGCUAUGGAUACAGGCAGGAAGAAGGGUAUUCUUAGGCCAAACACAAGUGUUACAUGAGUUGACUUUGUUUCCCGAGUUUCCUGAGUACACAUCUGUUUUAGUCCUAAGAAUAUCAACAAAUGAGAAGCAAGAAAAGCUACAAUCUAUUGUCUUAUUGUUUGCACAGAAAAACCCUAAAAAAUUAUCAAUUCAGUGUAAAAAUUACUAAUAUAUAAUAUAUAUAUAUAUUUAAGGAGAAUAAUACAACAUUUGAUGACUAGAGGUGUAGCACAUAUCAAUUUGGCAGUAUGUAAAUGUACUAUUAUGCAUAUUAAUAAUAGAUAUUUAUUUGGAGUGCAGUUGUGUGUAAACCUGUACAUCUUCAUCCCAGCAGUUGAGGCUUUCUGACCACACUGAAGCCUGCACACUGGUCAGCUGAACAUUCAGUGAGCAACAUCCAAGAAGCCAGCCGCCUCAGUGUAGAGAUAUGUUAAUACAUAGCACUGUAAACAGGAAUUAAACUCUCUGUUGUUAUAGAUUGUGCUGUAUCUCUUCUGAAAAGCGUGUCCUUGCAGUGCACCAAUGUGAUUUAUUUUCCCAUCACUGGCUUUUGGAUGUGAAUGACCUAUAGAUUAGAGAUUCAACAAGUGACAAAAUGAUUUUGAUUAAUGUUUUGGUAAAACAAGAGGUUACUGAAAUGUUUUUACUUGUUGUCAAUUUGCUAACUGAGCACAUCUGCAGUUUCCGGUUUGAUUUCUGCAAACCAUUCUUACUGCUUUAUUGCAGCAAUUAUUCUGCCGAACCACAUCGAGUUGAACUAAUGCAUUCUUAAAAGAGUUGUUUCAAAUGAAACCUAGGAGAUAGAAAUAUUAAAGAGUAAAUAUAUAUGAGUUUGAGGAUUAAAUAUGCACCACAUGGGACCAAGAUGUCAAAGGUCAAACUUGGCCUUAAAAUGGGUUUGUGCAAUGAAAAGGUAAAAGAAAUGACCAAAAUCAGUAUGGAAAUAUUGAUAUCACAGGCCCAAAAACCUCAAGAUGUUUAUUACAAAUGAAAUAUAAUAUUUCCAGCAGAGCAAAGUAAAUAUGCAUACAGUUGUUGAGGAAGUAGGGAACUUUGAAUGCAUGUUGUUAGGGUUCAUACUGAAAUACAGCAGGACACCAGAGUCUAAAACUUAAUGAAACCAUAAUAUUAAACAUUCAUAACAUUCAGGGUAAUUUCUCUUUUUUAUAUUUAAGUAUUUAUAUUUCAAUAAAUUAAGGUAAAUGAGUUUCAUUAGCUAUAGAACUAUUCCAUAUAUUCUUUACAAUAUAAGGAAUUAAAUUAGAUUAAAAAAUGGUUUAAAUCUCAUGCAAUGUAAUUUUGCAUGUUAUUCAUCAUACAGUUGGAGACCAGUUGGCACAAAUCUAAAUAUUCAGAUUUUUUCCAUAAGUUUUCCCCUUUUCCAUCUUGUUGAAGGGAAACAAAUGUUGGAUGAGUUAAUAUCUUAAGAUUAAUACAGAAGUUAUGAACAUUCCUAAAUAAGUAUUUGGUAUUUGUUUACAUUUAAGCUUAAGACAUUUUACCAGAAUGAAAUAUUUUUUAUUUAUAGAAUGGAUAUACAGUUGAAGUAGCAAUCACUGCUAUGUAAAAUUUUGUUAUUUUCUUAAACUUCUGUUCUUUCUUUUUUUUUCACUAUUGAAUGGAAGUAAGAAUGGACAUUUUAUGCUUCACUGACAGUUGUAAAACUAUUGCCUUUAUGUUUGGAAAUCUGCAGAGAAGGUUUCUACAGAGCCCUCCAGGUGGCAGGAGUCGGUAUGAAAACAUCCAUCUAUUCUGUCUCCUAAGAUUCAACAGAUGUGGGAAAUAUUUUUCUGCAGUGUAGGAAGUUGAGGCUAAAUUGUUUCUUCCAAGCUCAAUAACUUUGUGUUUGUCAAACACAAACACAAAGGCAGAGAAGUGAUGUUAUGUGCUGGAAGACAUCACAAAGAACAAAGAAUGAACUCGAACCAGAAAUUAUACGUCAGACCAAAAAUUAUACAUGCAAGUGUGUUUCCAUACAUAAACCUCUGAUUACAAUUUACAAGUCUUGAACAUCCUUUGCGUUUCUCAAUGCUGGAGUUUAGAUUACUUUAAUUUUCUGUGUAUGUCUACUCCUCCACUCUGCUCUGUUGCACAUUGGCAAUCCACAGCCUUCAGAUUACUAAACAGAGAGAACAUUUUAAGAGCUUUUUCUUUGUCUCUGUCCAGGUGCCAUAUUUUUUUCCCUGGAAAGAACAAACGACAUGCAUUACAUUCACCUUUUAUUUUGUUACUACGUUUUCACUGACAACAUCUGAAUGGGGCCUACCUGAUUUAUAUUUGUGACUUGUUUGUGAAGACCUCUUGUCAGCACAAUGUAGAUGUGUGUGGAUGUGUAUUUAUGCAUGGAACAACGUGAAAUUUGUACAUAUUUGUAUGUCCAUUGUCUCUGUUUCUUUUUAAACUUGUCUUUGUCUCAGAAACUGUUACUGAUGCUUCGAUUUCUUUGCACAAUUAACCAAAGGUAUAUAAAAAAAACAAAAGAAAACAACAAAAUGAAGCUUUAUUUCAGCUGAACGUCUAAUGUUUCAAGGUAGAACAGAAACUCAAUAAUGAGGCUCCACUACAGUUAGCCAGUAGUGUGCAGGUGAUACCAAACACCCCUCAGUGUACAAAGCAAUAAAUUCAUAGUAACAGCUCUGAUCACUAGUCACACACAGUUUUGAUUUUGCAUAUUUUUUAUGCAUUUCUUUAGAAGUCGUGGUUUUAAAUGUAGAAAACAAACACUUGUAAAGAAAAUCUAUGUGUAUAAAUAUUUAGUAAUAGAGUCCAACACUAACCGCUUUGAUGAGAAAAAGUCAAUGCGUUUGUGAACGGGCUGCUCACCAGAUGAGAAUGAUAACAAAGAGCUCCACCUGAGAGGUGGACGCUCUUCUUCUUGUUUCUGAUUUUUUGCUUUGGUGUCGUCCACACUGAAUGUGUUGCUGUGCUGCUGUUCUUCCUCUCUGUUUCACUCUAUCUCUCUCUCGUUCUCUUCCAGCUUCUUUCUCUCUCUGCUCACCUCCCCGAUUUUCCUCUGCAUUUAGUUUGAUUAGUGUCUUUGAUUCAGUAGACGGACUCUCCCUCCAUCAAACCCCAUGUGUAUCCCUUCCCUUGUGCAGCAUUUCACCGUCACUAUGUUCACUGACAUUGCAGCUGAAGUCUAAACAUGCGAUUUUUGACAAAAAUGACAAAUGUGCAACAUGAAAUAGUGAGAAGUUUCCUGUUUUUGUGCCUCAAAGUUACUGGGUGAUUAUAUGCUUCUGUUGGUGUGUAAAUUGAGAGGUUUGUAGAUGUCAAAAUGAAAUAAUCUUUUUCCUUUUUUGAUAUAAAAAAAGUAAACAAAA